GCAUUGACUGAUCAGAUGCGGAAGUGCUUGAACGUGCUUCGAUCCGGCUUAUCACAUAAAAUUUUGCAUACUAUAUAAUGCGAAUGCUUUGGAGCUUGGGCCUGUGCUUUGCCUGCUUGGUGUGGCUUAGCCUGGUGCGUGGGCAGGGUCACGUGCUGGAUAAGCCCGUUACGGAAAAGUGUCUUACUUGCCUUUGCGAGGCGAUGUCGGGCUGCAAUGCAACUGCAGUGUGCAUCAGCAAUGAGAAGGGCAUCUGCGGUCUCUUCCGCAUCACUUGGGCCUACUGGGUGGAUGCGGGCAAAUUGACCAUAAAGGAUGAUGAGCCCGAUUCGGAGAACGCCUUCAUCAACUGUGCGAAUGAUGCACACUGCGCCGCCGACAGCGUGCAGAACUACAUGAAAAAAUUCAAUCAGGACUGCAACGACGAUGGGGAAAUGGACUGUCUCGAUUAUGCGAGAAUACACAGAUUGGGGGCUUACGGCUGCCAUGGCGAGAUGCCCUAUAAGUUUCAGAGCACCUUCGAUGAUUGUAUUGAAAACUUCGCGCAACAAGAAGCAGAAGAAGAGUUAACAAAGAAUGACCCCUAAGAGAAGUUUGAUGAAAGAUUUAUUAUUUAAAUAUAAUUAGUGGUUUAUAGGGAACUUAACAGGAUUAGAUCUUAGCUAUGAUCUGGGCUUUACAAGCAAAAAUCCAUUAUUAAUGAGGAAUUUUUGUAUAGAAUUGUGAAAUCCAAGUUGUGCAAUAAUGAUUUGUUAUGCUAAGAUAUAUAAUUAUAUUUUUGGAGAAUCUUUUAUUAUAUAGUAGCUGAA